CAAUCAUCCAAAUCCACCUAUCUAACAAAAAUAGGGUUUUUAGUCAGAGGCCCAUUUUUGACAUACAAGAGUAGAGAAGAGAAAGAAGGCUGGUAACUUGGUAAGGUUCCAUUACAUACAUACAAUACACCUCGUCGAUCGGAAAAAAAAAGCAGCAAUCGGGGGAAUUGAUGGGUCGGCGGAUAUUGAACGAAGCAUUGAGGACGAUUGUGAAUGCCGAGAAAAGGGGUUUUGCAUCUGCUCAACUUCAACCCAUUUCCAAUACCAUUUCUUCUUUCCUCUCCAUCAUGAAACACCGAGGUUAUGUCAAGAAUUUCGAGGUGCAGGAUCCCCAUAGAGUGGGGAAGAUAAAAGUUGAGUUGCUCGGAAGGAUCAACGAUUGCCGAGCUAUAACAUAUAGACAAGACAUUAAAGCGCAUGAGAUUGAGAAUUAUAGACUACGCACCCUUCCAACACAGCAGUGGGGAUACGUGGUGAUAACAACUCCGAAUGGCGUAUUGGACCAUGAAGAGGCAAUUAGACAGAACGUUGGUGGUCAGGUUCUGGGUUACUUCUAUUAAGCAUAAAUCAUCAUUACCCCCCUCUGCAUGUAGAACCAGUUGCAUUGUAUCAUGCUGGGAUUGAAUUUGAAGUUCCAUGUAGACAAAUGAUAUUAUUUAUAUGUGUAGCUUAAGUGUAGAACUGUUGCUUCUUGAUUCAAAUAAUAUGCAAAUCAGUAGAACCAGUGUUAGCAACAGAAUUAUGAAAACAAUCAACUACCAAUUUUAUAUAUUUUCAGUUUUAAGUUUA